AUGAAUUUUCUUAAUUGGUAUGGUCCUCAAGCUCAAUUGGUUGUCACUGACACAAAGCAUAUAAAAGAAAUACUUAACAAUGAAGAUGAUGGUUAUCCAAAAAUAGACCUGGAAGGCUAUGCAAAGAAACUUUUAGCAGAUGGACUUCCAUCAUCCAAAGGUGAAAAAUGGGUGAAAAUGGGAAAACUUGCCAACCAUGUUUUUCAUGGAGAGAGUUUGAAGUCAACAAUUGCACUCUCAAUGAUUCUGCGACCCAACAUGUUUAGUCUCUCGCCAACUUACGUUCACUACCCGCUUCAGAUUCUCAUGGCUGCUCCGGGGGAGAUUGAUGAUGGAGAUUUAUUGCGGCCUUCUCCUGUUCAUCAACUUGAACGUCAAUCUUCCGCGGAUGAUGUUACGGAUCAGCCUCACUCUUCAAGCCAGCAGCUUUGCUCAGUAUCUUCUGUCGAUUGUCAGCCUGUUCAACUGACCUCAGAGGAUUCCAAUCACCCAGCACAACAUGUUUCUUCUUGGUGGAGAUUAUUUUGUGAGAGAUUGCACAAAUACUUCAUGCAAAAUCAUUGA